AUGUCCAGAGCGUCGCCAGCUUCUACUCGAUUGCAGAAGGUCAUUGCGCAGGCCGGCUUGGCCUCGCGCCGCAAGGCCGAAGAGAUGAUUUCGCAGGGGCGUGUGCGCGUCAAUGGCCGCUUGGUGACUGUGCUCGGCACGUCGGUUGAUGCCAACGACGUCGUCGUGGUGGACGGCCGCCGACUGCGCCCGCGGGCGCCGAUGCGCUACGUGAUGCUGCACAAGCCGUCUGGGUGCGUCACCACCACCAAUGACGAAAAGGGCCGCCCUACCGUGUUCGACCUGAUGAAGUACAAGCCGGUGCGCCUGUUUCCGGUCGGCCGUCUGGACUUCAAUACCGAAGGGUUGCUGCUGCUGACCAACGACGGCCCGCUGGCGAAUCGCCUGCUGCACCCACGCUACGGCACGCCGCGCGUCUACCUGGUGCGCGUCAACGGCACGGUAGCCGAAAAGGACCUCGAAACCAUGCGGCGCGGCGUCGACCUGCCCGACGGCAGGACCUCGCCCGCGCAGGUGUACGUGGUGCGGCGCUUUGAGAAGACCUGCUGGUUGCGGAUAACUCUGCGCGACGGGAAAAAUCGGCAGGUCCACCGCAUGCUGGAACGUUGCGGCGGCUAUGGUAUUCGUAGGUUGCAACGCGUCGGUCUGGGCCCCCUGACCCUCGCCGGUCUCGCCCUGGGCCAGUUUCGCUUUCUCGAAUCGUUUGAAGUGGACAAGUUGUACCAAGCCUGCGGCCUCGGCAAGGCAGCGUCAUAA